AUGUUCUACGAAGUUGUGGCAUCUGCAGGGAAGAUAAAUAUGGAGCCAUAUGGAGCUACAGUACAAUCAUUGGAAAACAGAGAAUCAAGAAAUGAGACCAGCAUAACAGAAUUCAUUCUGCUGGGAUUUGGAGAUGACCAGGCACUGCAGAUUCUUCUCUUCUCGUUGUUUCUCCUCAUCUACACUGUGACAAUGGCUGGGAACAUCCUCAUUGUUCUGCUAGUCGCAACUGACCAACACCUACAAACCCCCAUGUACUUCUUCCUGGGGAAUCUCUCCUGCCUGGAGACUUUCUGCAGCUCAAAUAUUCUUCCCAGAAUGUUAUUUAGUUUCCUUACAGGGAGGAAGACGAUUUCAGUCAAUGCAUGUUUUGUGCAAAACUAUUUCCUCGGUGCUUUUGGAGCUAUACAAUGCUGCCUCUUAUCUGUAAUGUCCUAUGAUCGAUAUCUAGCUAUAUGUAAGCCACUGCAUUAUGUCACCGUGAUGAAUGGCAAGUUGUGUCUUCAGCUGAUAGCUGGUUCUUGGGUUAAUGGUUUACUGGCAAGUACUCUAACAAUCACCUUCAUGUCCAAGUUAGUUUUCUGUGAUUCCAAUAAAAUCAACCAUUUCUUUUGUGACACCUUUCCCGUCAUAGACCUUUCUUGUAGUGAAACUCAUAUACUGAAACUAAUCAUGUAUGUGUUAAGCUCUAUGUUUACCAUUCCCCCAUUCAUGAUAACUCUAUCUUCAUAUAUUUUCAUCAUUGUUGCUAUAAUGAGAAUUCCUUCUACCACAGGGAAGCAAAAGGCAUUUUCUACAUGUUCCUCUCACCCAUUCGUUGUUACACUUUUUUAUUGCACACUGAUGGCUGUUUAUCUGAUACCAAAUAUCAAUACAUUGGGAGGCCUUAAGAAAUUCUUCUCUGUCUUCUACACCAUAUUGACACCCAUGCUCAAUCCUAUCAUUUACAGUCUGAGAAAUAAAGAGGUUAAGGAUGCUUUCAAAAGAUUGACUUCAUGCCUAAUUGUUCAAACUCAAAAGGAAAUGGCCAACUAUUGUUUUCCUCUAUGUGUUUUCAAUGUGUUUUCGUCAUCAAUUAGUAAAAUUUCAUGA